CUGAAGGGCAAGAAAAGCAAAAGUUACUUCUUGUGAUAGUUGUACUUGUUAUUUUUUUUAACAUUUUUCUAAACAAUUCCUUUAGCAUUUCCAAAUAUGUGUUUGUUUUGAAAAUAAAGUACUUAAUUUUAUUGACUCGUGUAAAGAAAUUAAUAGAAAAAUGGCUACCGUUUUCGAUAGUCCUUUCAUUCGACAACGUUUGCAUCGUUUGCGGCACCGUGAUUUCGAAUUAGAGGAAGAUCAAAGAUUUGGACGAUGUGAUUGUACGAGCUAUUCCUAUUUUGUGCUGUCCAUGGUGUUAUUUUCAGUUGGUACCGUUAUCACAGUAUUAGCAUUAGGAGAUGCUGAUGGAUAUAUUCUGAGUAAUUUGGGACACAUGUGGCUCGUGGGACCUAUAUUUAUAUGCUCUGGAAUGAUGGUCGCUGUUAAAAGCAUGUUAUAUUUGAGGAGAAAAAGUGUUAUUCAAAUGCUUUUACAUCAACGUGCAAUUAUUAGGGAUAUGGCAAGUGUACAAGCUGAACAGGCAUAUGUAGGUCAAGUCCCUCGAUCACCAUCAAGUGCAACAUUACCACCUUCCUAUGAUGCUCUAAUAUCAAGUGCUGCAAUUAGCAAACCGCAGCCUUCUAGUUCAGAACUUCCACCGCCAACAUAUGAUGAAGCAAUGUAUUUAAUUGAUGAAGAAAAAUACCACUUACAUCAGAAAACUGUUAACAGCCCUAAACAGGAAACCAGUCACCAAACCGAUUCAAACAUUGAUGUCAACAAACCCUAAGAACAUGUAUUAUAUUUUGAACUUAGAUAUGUAAGCAAAACUUAAUUCUUCCGUUUGUACUUAUGGUUUUACUUAAGUCACCAAUUUUCUAGUAUUCUCUGAUGUGCCUAAAUAUUGACUUGUGGGCGAUAUUGUUAUGAGGUGUCUUUUAUUUACAAUUGUAAUUUAAUCUAGAUUAAGGUGUAUUUGUGAUUUUAACAACUCAUUGUGGCCGAUGUUCAUCGGUCUGUACUUUACUGUGUGUCUAAUUCUAUAAUCUUAAGUUUAAAUAAGAUAUACUUUAAUCUUACUCUAAAUUUUAUUGAAGACUUUUCAUUCGAAUAUUAUUUAUAACUAAUGUAUUUUUAAAGGACUUAAUGAACAAUAACACUUCAAUUAUUUUUUAUUUUAUUAUUUGUAUACCAAUACAGAAAUAUUCAAUUAGGAAAAAAUCUUUAUCUCAAGAGACUUCAAGCCACUGUUGAGUUGAGUAAUAUGAGUUUGUAAUUAUAAUGUUGUAAGUACAGUCAAUUUAUUAUUCUAAUUACAGUAAUAAUUUUUUUAAAUCAAAUAUUAAAAAGAAAACACAAUUACUACAUUAUAUAACAUAACUGUAACAUAUAUGUAUAUAUUUAUGUAUAAAGUUAAUAGUCAUGAUGAAGUCAACAAAUAUCCAGUGUUAAGAAAGGAAAAUGUGAUCAAUGCCAAUAAUUAUUUUUCCUUAGUACAGUAUCUCUUAUUUUGUUGUAAAAACAAAAAGAAGUUUGUGUAAACUUUAUGCAUUUUUAAAUUUAAUCAGAAGUUUCCAUCCAGUGUACCUUCCUAAGGGUUGUGGAGAAGUAGACUACAGAGUUAUUAAAGGGGACAUGUUGCAAUGUUUUCAUAUAUGAAUAUAUAUUUACAUGUAAAUGUGCAAUGAUCAAUAUCUAUGUAAUAUAUUUGUAUUA